AUGGUAUUAACACAGCAGAGAUCCCCAUCCCCCGAUAGUUUCCCCACAGUCCAGCUCUUCCUCCUAGCAAUAUGUCGUGUCGCAGAGCCAAUCGCCUUGACAUCCAUCUUUCCAUACUCCUGGGUGAUGGUUAAGGACUUCCACAUGGGUGAUGGCAAUGCCUCUUUCUAUGCUGGUAUCUUGAUUUCGGCCUUUUCACUUGCUGAGGCUCUCACGGGUAUGUUCUGGGGUGGGCUUUCGGAUCGUUUGGGUCGAAAACCUGUCCUCAUCUCUGGAUGCAUCGGCACGAUGCUUUCUUUAAUCAUGGUUGGGCUGGCCCCGAACUUUUGGGUUGCGCUCGCUGGUCGCGCCCUUGGAGGUGCUUUGAAUGGCAACAUCGGGGUUAUCCAGACCAUGGUCGGCGAGCUUGUCAAGCGACCGGAACAUGAACCUCGGGCGUACACUAUCAUGCCUUUUGUUUGGUCAAUUGGGACAAUUAUCGGGCCUGCUAUUGGAGGUUUACUUGCAAAGCCAGUUGAGAGCUAUCCUUCGCUGUUCCCAGCAGAUGGUAUCUUUGGAAAAUUUCCUUACCUUCUGCCCAAUCUUGUAUGCUCUGUCUUGCUUAUUUUUAGCAUCAGUGGCAGUUGGCUGUUCUUGCAAGAAACUCAUCCAGACAUGCAACCUGGUGAGGCUCAUGGAUAUUUUGACCACGCCGCCGAACAACCUCUCCUCGUCACCUCCGGUGCAACCGCCAACGCGACUGUAGACCUUCGGGCGGAGUCUUACGGGACCUUCAAUCAGGUUCAUUUGCACAAUGAUGAGAAUUGGAAUGUACAAGCUGAUGGAUCCUCGCCUUCGUGGAAGACGUUGCCAAAGCCCAAGGCUUUCACUGGACAAGUCGUCAUGCUUGUACUGGCAUUGACCAUCUUCACGUAUCACUCAAUGACAUACGACCAUCUACUACCUAUUUUCUUGCAGGACAAGAAUGCCCAUGGUUCAGGUUCGCUUACCUCGGUCUUCGAUAUCCCAGGUGGAGUUGGUCUCUCCACUCGGACGGUGGGUGUGAUCAUGUCAACAGACGGCAUCAUUGCCCUCAUGAUUCAGAGCAUCGUAUUCCCCGUGCUGGCACAUUACCUGGGGAUAUGGCGACUUUUCGUUGCCGUCACAGUCCUUCAUCCAAUCGCAUACUUCAUGGUACCUUUUUUAGUCUUCCUACCGGGCCAAUUCGUCUAUGGUGGUAUCUACGCUUGUUUAAUAACUCGCAACAUUCUAUCCAUCAUCGACUAUCCCGUCCUCUUGAUCCUCAUCAAGCAAGCCAGUCCCUCGGACUCUGUCAUGGGCAAAAUCAACGGCCUUGCUGCUUCCGCGGGAGCCGCUGCUCGUACUUUUGCCCCUCCAAUUGCGGGUUUUCUGUACAGCACUGGGUCAGAAAUGGGCUGUACUGCCAUCGCAUGGUGGGGAAGUACUCUUGUCGCUUUAAUUGGGGCUUUGCAGCUGUGGUUCAUUCGGCGUAACCGUCAUUCGUCGGCGACUGUGCACCCCGCAGAGCCUUUUCAUUAUUUUGCUCUUCCAGAACAGCCACAUGAUGAUGUCGUUCAUAUCAUCGUCCACAAUCUCGAUGAUUCAUGCGAACAACCAGCAGCUUUGCGAUGA